UCCGAGAGUGUUGUUAACCUCGAAAUGUCAACUGGUGCUCAUUUAAAUUUCAAUUUCAACAACGAAUAGAGAGCGAAGAAAAAUAAAAAAAAACGAAAAAAACAAACAAUGUAUAAUCGAUUUUCGUAUACAGUCUCGAGGUCAAUCCAGGCCGUAUUGAAUGGAAACUUUAGUAAAUGUUUGCAGUUCAGUCGAUCAACUUCGAUACUGGCAUGCAAAUUCAGUACGAUACCGGUUUCGCGACAGAGUUAUGUAAUAAAUUAUGACAAAAUUCGUAUCGCAUCCAGUACAAUAAUAAUGGGCCAACCGUAUUCCACAGAUGCACAGAUUAUAGUGCCAAUUGUCAGCUAUGAAGAAGUUAAAGAUCUACCAAAUCAUCCGGAAAAAACAUUGAUUGAUGUCAGAGAGCCGAAUGAACUACAGGAGACUGGAAUUAUUCCAACUUCAGUUAAUAUACCUUUGGGUGAAGUUAAUACUGCAUUGAGUUUGAGCGACGGUCAAUUCAAAACGAAAUAUAAUCGAAGCAAACCGAAACUUACUGACGAAGUAAUCUUCCACUGUAGAAUUGGGAUGCGAUCGGAGAACGCAGCAAUCGCAGCCAAUAAAUUGGGCUACUCAAAUGUCAAGAACUACAAAGGGUCAUGGUUGGACUGGGCAGAACGUGAAGGACUACCUAAAUAAUUUCCAUUUUACCAAAGAAUUCGUUCAAUAAAAUUUCAUAAAAAAAUAAAACUAAAGUUGCAUUUAUUUGUAUACUUAAAAGAUAAAAUGAAUGCUCAAAACUCGGUUUUGCAUCAGCAUAAAUUAUCAUUUUUAUUUAUUCCACACAUUAAACAUCACAUUUUGAUUACAUUGUUUUUCCCUUUGAGUCUUUCCAAUUUCUUCAUUUCGCUUAAUUGUCGCACAAAUGAUUUCCAUGUUAGUUUUUUUUUUCAUUCAAAUGUGUCCUGAAUUGGUAUGUAUAUCAAUUCUCAAUUUUGAUUUGUGUUCGCAUGCAGACUUAUUCUGUGGAUCUACCUGGUGUAAAAUAAUUAAAAUAAAAGUUGUUUUUUUUCUCUUUUAUUUUCUUGACAAAAAUAAUUCACUUUUUGUUUCUCGUGCCAUUUAAAAAAAAGGGAAAAAAAUAGAUUCAACAAAAUAAACAUUCAUAAAUAAUUUUCAAUCACAACAAUUCAAAGAUCCCCCAAUUCGAUUCAUUAAAAAAAAUUAUUCAAAAUAUCGCGGAAAAAAAAUAAAUAUAUUCUUGUUAUAAAGUGAGACGGGGAUUAACUUAAAAUACUUUCGAUUUUUUGCGUUUGAUGCCGGUAUCGGCUUUCAACGAUUUCUUCUUUUUCAAGCGGCGACCGUCUUUGGUCAGGCUUGAUUUGAAACUGACUUUUGACUUGAGCCGUGAACCGGCGCCCGAUGUGCCCGCACUGUUGAACCCACUUCGCAGUUUAAUGGCUGAACUCUUAAUUUUCGUACUCUGUACAAUCGACGACUGACCGAUUAACAUUGAUGAUGUUGAUGCGGAUGUUUUGCGUAGGAAAUUGCCUCCCAUUGGUUUUUUCGGUGCAUUCGGAAAUUUAAAUGGAUUAAAUGUGGUGGAUGGUUGUGGCAGUAAUUGAUAUGAACAACAUGGUACGUCUGGAUCGAAUGACGAAGUGACAGUUGGCUGAUCGAUGAAUGCCGACAAUUCGACAUCGGAUGCGGAAACGGCUGUAUUUGGUGUGCUAUUCGCAGGUACUGUAUCGUCUGACUUUAAAUUCAAAUUACUUAUGGCAUUCAUGUCCAGAUCAAGGCCGCCCGUGGCAUUAUUAUCCUUUGGCUCAAUUUUGUCACCACCACUGCCGCCGCUGCCGCCGACGCCACCGACCGAGGUGAACUUUUUAUUGGCCACCACUUUUUGGCGUUUGGUCGGUAUCGGAGCGGUGGUUGAUGUGGACGUAAUCACAUCGCACAAAACCUUUCCCUUUUUUCGGCUCAACGACACAUUUGUCGAUUUCUCCUUUUUGCCGUAGGAUAUUGAUGGUUUGUUAGUGGUGUGACGCUCUUUGUUUUCUUUACACACAUCAGUUGUUAGUGGUGAACUGCAUGCAGUGGAUGUUUUUAGAGAU